CAACACAUCACGACUUCACCGUUACGGCGCUGCAACAUCUGUGCACUCCUCGGGUGUCGUAUGAUGCUGAGAAUCGCUCCUCUUUCCUGACUCGACGAUAGCCGUUAUCUUGCUCCUCGGCGCCUGCCAAGUUUCAGAAUCACAACCGUCAUGACGCAAGCCCAGCACACCCAUGUGCAUCGCCGCACCUUGUCGAUAUCGUGAGUGGACUAUAUAUCCGACUUACCCAUGCGUACCUUGCUUUCCUUACUAGCCUUUCUCUUGUACAUAUUCGUGUGAACACCUGCCGGUUUCUUGUUUCUCAAGUCAAACAUCAGCUGUUUGAAAGAUGUCGACCUUCCAACAUCGUCCGCGGCUACUCGGAGCACUAGCACUCAGUCUUCUCGCCACUACACAAGCACAAGACAGUAGGAGGGGGUUUGCAUUCAUAGGAGACACCCAUGCACCAGAUAACAAACUCCUGUCAUCAGAGAGCAGUCCGCUUGCCUGGUACUAUAACUGGAGUCCUUACCCAAACAGCGACCUGAUUCCUACUGGCUCCCUCGAGUUCAUUCCUAUGAUCCAUGGUAUCGAUGCCACAGAAGACAGCAGAACAGAACAAGUGGUCGGAGGCCUCGACAAGUCAAGCACACAUCUGCUUUCGUUCAACGAGCCAGACGGAACGACAAGUAGUGGCGGGUCCAGCAUCAGCCCCGAAGAUGCAGCAAGAGCGUACAUCGACUACGUCGUACCUUUCAGGAAUGGCUCGAAAGGUGGAAGGAAUUGGAAGAUCAGCCAUCCUUCGACUACUGGCUCAGGCAACGGCCUGGAGUGGCUCAGAUCUUUCAACUCAUCUUGUUAUGACAUCGAUCCGGAGAACGGUUGUCCAACAGACUUUAUCGCUGCACACUGGUAUGGUGACUUCGGCGGAUUGGCAAGCUGGCUGGGGACGCUCAAUGAAUUCUACAACGCCAAUUCGACGAACGACUCAAACCUCAAGAUUUGGGUUACCGAGAUGGGCCUGCCACAACAGUCUGCCGACGCUACGGUGGGUAUGAUGAACCAAACACUCCCGUACUUAGAUGGCCUCGACUACGUCGAACGAUACGCCUGGUUCGGUGCAUUCAGAACCGACGACGCCAAUGAGUGGACUGGCGAUGGUGUGGCAUUAUUCGACGACGAUGGCGGUCUUACGGAGCUUGGUGCACUGUAUAUGGGCAAUGGCUUCAAGCAAGGUCAAAAGGGUGAAGGCUCGGGUGCGGGUAUGCUUAAUGUGAACAUGGCUGUAGUUGUGGCGAUGGGACUAGUGAGCGUGCUGAUGAGCAUACUGUGACUGUAUAUUUAAGUUUGUUUUUGGCUGCGUUUGAGCGUUAGAUCGUAGAUACCCUUGGUUUCUUAGCAGAAUUGGAACGGUCACCUUA